AUUCCAAGCCACGGGUAUCUCAGUUUUGAGUCUUUGACUAUUCUAUAUCUAUCUCUCUCUCUCUCAAAAACCCAAUGAAAAACAAAAAUAAAAGAACAAUCUGAGCCAAGGUUCAUUUGCUUUGAUUUUCUCAGCAGCCAAACAGGGACAAUGGACAAGUUGAAGCUAGCUCAAUUGGGCGAGCGUUUGAAGACGGGAGGAGCUCAAAUGGGCAGAAUGGUGACCGGCAAAGUGAAGGAGAUCCUCCAGACCCCAACGCCGGAGUCGAGGAUGGUGGACGAGGCCACGUUGGAGACGAUGGAGGAGCCCAACUGGGGGACGAACCUGCGGAUAUGCAAGAUGAUCAACGGCGAGGAGCUGAGCGGGACGGAGAUCGUGAGGGCGAUCAAGAAGAAGAUCGCCGGCGGGGGGAAGAGUGCGGAGAGGAGCCAGAAGCUGAGCCUGGACUUGCUGGAGGCUUGCGCCAUGAACUGCGAAAAGGUGUUCUCGGAGGUGGCGUCGGAGAAGGUGUUGGAUGAGAUGAUGAAGAUGAUCGAUAAUCCGCUGACGGUUACGGGGAACAGGAAGAGAGCAAUGGAUUUGAUUAGGGCUUGGGGAGAGUCCGAGGACCUCGCUUAUCUGCCCGUGUUUCGCCAGACUUACAUGAGCUUGAAAGGAAGAGGCAUACCACCUCCACUAGUACAAGAAGGGAAUUCGCCCCCAAUGGAGUAUUCCUUGGAGUCAUAUGUUCAUCAACAGCCUUUGUCUCCACCUGGAACAUACCCUAUUCCUGACACAGGAAUGCAUGAUACAGAUGGUACUGCAUUCCCCUUGAAUUAUAGAAACCUAUCGGUUGAAGAAAAGAAAGAAUAUCUUGUUAUAACUCGAAACAGUCUUGAACUACUCUCCAGCAUAUUGGAUGCUGAAACGGAGCCAAAACCUUUGAAGGAAGAUCUUACAAUGAACAUGUUGGAGAGGUGCAAGCAGUCACAGCCUGCCGUUAAGGGGAUCAUAGAAAGCACUACUGAUGAUGAAGGGAUGCUCUUUGAGGCCUUAUAUCUUCACGAUGAGCUUCAACAAGUAAUCUCCAAGUAUGAGCAGUUGGAAGUUACUCAAAAGUCCGGUGGACAACAGCCUGAAAACUCUGACCCUAUCAAGUAUGAGCAGCUGGAAGCUACUCAAAAGUCUGGAGGAGAACUGCCUGAGACCUCUGAUGCCUCUAAGUGUGAGGAACUAGAAGCUGCUAAAAAGCUUGGAGAAAACCUGCCACUGCCAGAAAAUGCGCCUGAGGCCAAAUCACCUACUCUGAGUGAAAACAACUUGGUGGAUUCCCCAAAAGGAGACGAUGCUGAAUCCAGCCACGAGAAGAAAAAAGGUGAUUAAGGAAGGUGGUUAGCUCCUUUUUUGUGCCAAUGACUCGAGCAUCCGAGUAUUGUACUUUGAUUAGGAGUAGUAAAAUCUAAUUUAGGUUAUUGUAUUUAAUGUUUCCCUGAACAUAGAAGUGUCCGCGGAACGGUUUGUCUUUGGCCUUUUUGACUGUAUAUCUUGUUUGGGAUCUUUCUAGUUUCUUCUCCGUAAUGCUAAAUAACAGUCAAUUAUCUUGGCCGGC